AUGGCCGGUCCUGCUGUCAAACAGCAACGCCGGAAGGCAUCUACAAAGCCAAAGGUCGCUACUCCCAAGCACAGCGCACCAUUGAGCAUUAGCACCUUCGCCCGUGUUUCAAAGUCGGUAAAUAGCGUUGAUAUUAAGAACGAGGUCACUCCCGUUUCUACGCCAAAGAAGGAUGUCACCAUCGAGCCGCUCACGCCCGCUUCCCGAAAGAGAAAAGUAGUCGCAAUUUACACGCCCAUUACCGAACCUGAUAUUGACGAGAACGAAUUCGUUACAUCAAGAACUGGGCUUCCCGAUGAGGUCCUAGAUCUUAUUGAUCUGCACUCUUCAUUACUGAAGGCCUUGACAUUACACUACGCGCACAAUGGAUCCAAUGUCCCUGCAGACUUACGCAUUUUAUGUCCCGAUGUCUCGCGUGCAUGGGGCAGAAGGAAAGUCACCGAGGCGGAUAUACAAACCUGUCUCGGAAUCUUGAAUUUCGAAAUAGGGGAUAGCAAACCAUUAUUUUCUCUCUCGAAUUACGGUCGAAGCAAAAUUUGCAUUGAGAUUGACUCAGCACAACAUGGUUCCGGCCGUCCGCUAGAGGAGAACAGACUAAAUGAUGUAUUCCGUGAAAAAAUAUCUACUCUCUGGUCUCGUUUCACAGCAGCUAAAGGUUCCGAUAUCUCAGCUUUCCGUACUGAGCUCCCUAGGGCUGCCAUCACACUAUGCGAAUCCGUUGCCAAGGCCGCACCCGUGUUAUCCAAAGGUCAGAAGCGACUUGAGGAGCUAAAACAGGGCAUUGCGAUCAAGAAGCAGGAGAAAGAAGCAAAGAGCAAGCCGCAACAGUCUAGCGACGUGCAAAUGCCGAACGCGGAUGCCCCUAAGAUGAACCUGCUGGAUCGCAUCCGUCUAAAGUCCCUCCAGAAGUCAUCACUCCUUGCUAGCAACCUCUCACCAGCACAGCUGCAACGUCGUGCGGCGCUGCAGCGCGCACCUGAAGUUGCUGGUAUGCUGGGCAUGCUAAGCCGCGCAGCUGGCCAGGGCAGCCGUGUAUCGUUCACAAUGGCAGUGACGCUGGAGAAACUCAAGGAUUCGUUGCGGAUGGGUGUUUCGCGCGAAGAAGGUGCUGCAUGUGUACGUCUACUGGCGAACGAGGUAGCCCCGGAAUGGAUCCGCGUUGUGGUCAUCGGAGGACGGGAAAACGUAGUCUUGGAGACGGAUAGACAGCCUAGUAAGGUGGACGUGGAGGGACGGAUUAGAGGAUUACUGGAGCGAGCAUGA